UGUCCUUCAGAUCAUGAGACUGCUGGCAGACUUCUCUUCACGUUACAACCACAAAGUCGCCUUGCAUAUCCUCAUCCAGCUGUUGAAGAGGGAUGACGUCCUUUCAUCAUAAGGUGCCGCUUUUCUUAAACCUGAUCAGCCUUGUUUCAGGGCUGCAAUUUGCAACAUCCCCUUUUUCCCAACUGCCUUUCAUCACCAUGUGGAACGCUCCUACUGCCAGCUGUCUCUCUCAGUAUGGCGUGGACCUGGACUUGGGCACGUUCAGCAUCGUCCGGAACGUGAACCAGACCUUUAUGGGCCAAAACAUAACCAUCUUUUACGCUGAUAAGCUCGGUCUGUAUCCCAGGUACACCAGUCAAGAUGUGGCUAUCAAUGGCGGGGUGCCGCAGAACGCAAGCCUCGAAGAACACCUCAGAGUGGCCUCUGAAAAUAUCCACACCUUGAUCCCUGACAGGGAUUUUCAGGGUCUGGCUGUGGUGGACUGGGAGAGCUGGAGACCAAUAUGGAAAAGAAACUGGGACAGUAAGAAGAUAUACUGGGAGGGAUCAGAAGCACUGGUGAGGGCCAGGCAUCCGGACUGGAGCCCUGAAAAGGUAGAGGCUGCAGCUCAGGUGGAGUUUGAGGAAGCCGCGAGGAAGUUCAUGGAGGACACACUGAAACUCGGGCAGCAGGAGAGACCAAACGGGCUGUGGGGUUAUUAUGGUUUUCCCAACUGCUACAACUACUACAGCGACAAAAGCAUCAACUACACUGGGGAGUGUCCUCCUAUCGAGUUAAAGAGGAACAACGAGCUGCUGUGGUUGUGGAACGUCUCUUCUGCUUUUUAUCCCGACAUCUAUCUCAGCCUGGAGAUGCGACACCUCGGAAGAGAAGUGCUCCUCUACACACACCACCGCACCCUGGAGGCCAUGAGAGCAGGAGCUCUGCUGACUCCAUCAACGAGGCCUGUGUUCCCGUACGCUCGCAUCGUUUACACCUACACCUUAGAUUUCCUCUCUCAGGAGCACCUGGUCUACACCAUCGGAGAGAGUGCUGCUCUAGGGUCUGCCGGGGUGGUGCUUUGGGGCGACCAUGCCUUCGUCAAAUCUCAGGCCACUUGUAACUCUAUCAAAACCUACAUCGACGAGUCUCUCGGUCCUUACCUGGUGAACGUGACGGCGGCGGCCAUUCUUUGCAGCCAGACCAUUUGCUCCUCUCAGGGAAGAUGCCAGAGGAAGAACCCGACCUCAGGGAUCUACCUCCACCUGGACCCUGCCGUGUGGAAGGUGGUGUCUGAGAAGAAACCAAACAGCCGAAAGAACUACACAGUUUUAGGUCAGAUGAGAACAAAUGAGGUAACAUUCUUGAAGUCUGAGUUUGAUUGCAAUUGUUACCCAGGGUGGGGCGGUGAGAGCUGCUCUAAACCAAUUCAUGGAUAAAAGAUUUUUCUUCAGGGAGAAUGUUUCUGUUUUCUUAACUAAUACCUUCUUUAAUUUGUCUUGAUUUAAAUGGGUGAUCAUUUUGAAUAAGUUAAUUCUCAGUUAAUGAUGUAAACAGACACAUUUUUACAUCCAAGCAAUGAUUUACAAUAAAUGAAGCAUGAUGUUUAAUUGCAUAAAAUGUGUAAAAUCUAUUUACCAUAAAAGUUUCAGAAAUCAGCCUUAAACUCUCAAAGUCCCCCUCCACUAAAAAUGUGUUUUGCAGAUUUUUACCUCACCAUGACGCAUCAGUGUGCAGAAUGAUGAAGAAGUUUGUUUAUGCUGAACUUAAAUCUGCUUUUAAUGUUUGUACGUGGAACAGGACUUCGGGUCAAUUUAUACAAGUGUGAUGUGGAAACUUGAAACCUCCAUUACACAAACACUGAAGCUGCCUUCCAAAUGAUAUACUUUUUCAUUUUAGCCCUUACAAAGUGCAUCCUGUUGCAUACAGUAUGCACUCAAUUAGGACAUACUACUUCCUCAUAACGUGGAGACUUGUACAUGUUACAUAUAUCUGCCAAGCAAAGGAUUGUGGGUCAGAAUAGCCAGAAAAGCAUGCUUGUAGUAGAACAUCCUGGUAUUUGUUGCCUUCUGCAUUUGACGUACUAUCUAUUGGGACGUACCAAACAUUUCUUUUGGUAUACUAAGGGAAGGGACUUCACAAUGAAGUAGAAGACAUCUUGUGUCCAGCAGCGAAAAUGUGCAAUUCAUAGAUUUGAGAUUUUUCUUCAAUGAUUUUUAAAUGGUAAAUUAAAAAUGUUUGUGGAAAAUCAUAUAUUUUCAAAUAAAGAGACUUAAAAUGU